AUGGCAUUCGGCUUGUGCGAGCUGCAUCGUGUCAUCAGCCAGCACAGCGAGGAACGGGAUGUGACGGACCUAUAUACGCUUGAAACUACCAAACUUGAAAUCCUGCGACCACAGGAUUGCAAGUUUGGCGAGUGGUCUGCAUGGGAAGUGCAUCUUUCUUCGUGCUGCUCAUCGUCUUGCAGGCGAUGUGGUGGACUUGCCGCAGGGACGGCACGAGCAAUCCAGCCACCGCUCUGUUGGUGUCCUCCCUCAACUGCCAGUUGCCUCAGCACUUCCGAAGAUGCCAUGACAAUGUUUGAUUUACAUACUUGGACCUUCACCACAAUUGUCAGCUCCGCGCUCGUGCGUCUGGCCAGCCAUGCUGCGGGAAAUGGAGACUGGCUUUGCAUAUUGCCUUUGGGCUUGUGGGCACCUGCAGUUGCUGUUCCUUUCAGACCAACCUGCCCCACAAGACCUUCGCAGAUGCUGUCUGGCAUCAGCACAGGCGGCCUUCCAGGUGGGCUUUUUCGGAUGGAUCGCCGCCGUCUGCUGUCUCCUUCGCGGCAACUUCCUGGACGAUGUCCUUGA